AUGACGACCUUUGAUGACCUCCUGGAGGAGGCUGGGGAAUUCGGCCGCUGCCAGAAACGUAUCAUCGCUAUGAUGUGUCUGUUGCCAUUACUUUUGGGAAGUGCGUACGCCUCUAUUGUGUUCCAGGGUUUCACCCCAGAUCACUGGUGUCGGGACUCUGUGGUGGUGGAGAUGAGGCAGGCCUGUAACUGGAGCCUGGCGGAAAGUCGCAGGUUGACGGUGCCUCUGGUCAACAGCUCCGGAGCGCUGAAGCAGAGCAGCUGUGAGCAGUACAAGGUGAACUGGAACUCUACAGAACUCACCUGUGACACGCAGGAACUGGACCUGAGUGAGCUCCCAGUUACAACGUGCAAGGACGGCUGGGAGUAUGACUAUGAAGGCAGGAAGUCCUUUGUCACAGAGUUUGACUUGGUGUGUUCAGAAGGAUGGUUUGUGGACAUGUUCCAGUCCAUUUUCAACGUGGGCUUCCUUUUGGGCAGUUUUGCUUUUGGUUUUAUUGCUGACAGGUUUGGCAGGAAGCUCUGUUUCCUGGUCUCCACCCUCCUGAAUGCAAUUGCAGGGUUUGGGAUUGCUGUGGCUCCAAACUACAUCACCAUCCUGGUGUUCAGGGCCAUCGUCGGUUUCUCAGCCAAAGGAGGCUUCAUGUCCACAUAUGUGCUAUUCACAGAGAUUGUUGGAGUGAAGUACAGACGGACAGUGGGAGUCACUUUCGAGAUGCUGUUCAGUGUUGGUGUCCUGAUCCCCUUGCUCUCAUACUUCAUCACUGACUGGCGCUGGCUACAGGUCGUCAUGACUGCACCCUACAUCCUCUUCCUGUGCUACUACUGGUUUAUCCCAGAGUCUCCGAGGUGGCUCAUCUCUCAGAAAAAAUUUGCCAAAGCUCUGGAGAUCACUGAAGCUAUCGCUAAGGAGAACAAGAGGAAACUCAAGAACUCGGAGGCACUGACUGAGGAUGAGGAAGAAACCUCCCCACCUGUCUCUGUGCUGGACCUGAUCAGAACUCCAAACAUAAGAAAACACACUUUCAUCCUCAUGUUCAACUGGUUCAUCAGUUCUUUAGUUUAUCAGGGCCUCAUCAUGUGGGUGGGGAUAACUGGAGGAAAUGUCUACAUCGACUUCCUCAUAUCUGGUCUGGUGGAAUUCCCUGCUGCCUUUCUCAUCCUCCUUACCAUUGACCGUGUGGGCAGGCGCAUUCCCUUAGCUGCUUCAAACAUCAUAGCUGGAGCCUCCUGUUUGAUCGCUGCCGCCAUUCCUGACAGUAUGUUCUGGUUUAAGACGAUGGUGACCUGCAUUGGUCGGCUGGGGAUCACCAUGGCCAUUCAGUUGGUGAUGUUUGUAAACACUGAGCUCUACCCAACGUACAUCAGGAACCUGGCAUUGUCGGUUUGUUCGACUAUGUGCAACGUUGGAGGCAUCACAGCUCCCUUCCUGCUCUACAGACUGGCUGAGAUCUGGCUGGAGCUGCCCAUCCUCAUCUUCGGAGUGAUAGCGGUGCUUGCAGGAGGUUUGGUGUUUUUGCUGCCUGAAACCAAAGGAGUUCCUCUCCCUGAAACCAUUGAUGAGAUUGAGUUUCACAAUAGGGAAAAGGAGGAUGUCGUGGAGAACCAACAAAUGAGAAAACUUCUAAGAUCGGACCUGACAAACAGAAAGGAACCCACAACUGUGUGA